UGCCGUAGCACUUAUGCAGGCUUCAAGGCAACACAAGCUCCUCUUGGACAGAUACAAUCCCUUGGUAGACCUGACAGCGGAAGAGAGGAUUCAUGCCACCGCUCGGCGAGUAGGCCUCGACAUGCCUGUAACCCACCAGGCCGAAUAGAUGUUUUACUCCAGGACAAACAAGGCAAAACAAAUAAAAUCUUUUUGACUCGAAUGAGCCUCAAAAUCGGCCACCGAUUCCUCAGAAUGUCUGCUACAUCUACCAAAGUGCUCAAAUGCGACUCUGCUUCCAUUAACUUCGAUUCUGCAUCACAAGAGCCUACAAUAACUUCUCCAGAUACAUUGGCUUCUCUUCAAAUAGCCGCCCGCCAUCUCCAUGACCUCCAGCCUGUCGCGUUUCCUACGGAAACCGUGUACGGUCUCGGUGCUCUCGCCUUGAAUCCGACCGCAGCGUCCCGUAUAUUCACUAUGAAAGGCCGUCCAUCAGAUAACCCUCUUAUCGUGCAUGUAUCUUCGUUAAAGAUGCUCCGUUCAAUCAUUCCCUCCAACUUCAUACUUCCAGCGACAUAUCAAAUUCUCAUGAGACGUUUUUGGCCUGGAGCAUUAACCCUUCUUUUCCCCAGUGAUCCUAAUAUUGUUCCUUCUAUAAUCACAGCAAAUCAUCCUACAGUUGCAAUACGAAUGCCUUCACAUCCCGUCGCUAGAGCCUUAAUAGCUGUUGCCGAUGUACCAUUGGCAGCACCCAGUGCAAAUAGCUCAGGGAAGCCCAGUCCGACGCGCUCUGAACAUGUCUUACGCGACCACGAUGGCAGGCUUGGUAUCAUCCUGGACGGAGGGCCUUGCGAAGUGGGAGUGGAAAGCACAGUCAUAGAUGGUCUACAACCCGAUGGCAAUAUUCGUGUGCUCCGACCAGGUGGUGUCACUGUUGAAGACAUGUCACGAGUCCUACAGCAAGAAUUGGAUGGCACAGAAUGUAUACCACAAGUGUUGGUAUAUCGGCGUGACUAUGCAGACCAGGAAUUAGAACAAGCACCAACUACUCCGGGCAUGAAAUACAGGCACUACUCUCCGUCAGUUCCGGUGACAUUACUCUUCACGCAUUCCCCCGCCCCAGCGGGAGAAAGAAGCUACACUGCUUCGGAAUAUCUAGCGACGCUGUCGCCUCAUAGUGAACCUAUUAAGGUUGGACUAUUAACACCGCCUGAUUCCGUCCUCGGAUCAUUUGCAUUACCCGAUGGAAUAGAAUGGCGUCGGUUUUUCCUGGGACCUAUCAGCAGCCCUGCGGUCACAGCUCAAAGGCUGUUCGAUGGUUUGCUAACAUUAGAGGAGGAAGGCGUGGACCUAAUACUCAUAGAGGAAAUAGAGGAGUGCAAAGAAGGCCUAGCUGUAAUGAAUCGUGUCAGGAAAGCUGCCAGCGAAUUCAAAUACUUGACCGUUUAGAGGUCUGAUAUGUUAAGGUGACAUCUCUCCUUUGAGAGAGGGCGUCGAAGAAGGCAGCUGUAGACUCAGGUAGAUAUACCUGUACUCACUUUUAGAAUGCACCCCUUUGCCAUGCUAGUUCAAGCCAAGCCGAUUCAAUCCUCAUGUUCUUUAAUCGACGCUUCCUAUAUCCUGCGGUGCUGCGGCGCACGCCGCAAAACGCGUGUACGCGCUUUUUGCCGGCUUCCUUUG